AUGUACAUACGCACACAACCAUAAAGCAAGGUGGUACACGCAUUAGAACAUCCACUCAAAAACCAUUCUAGACAUUCUUUCUUGCUUUUGAAACCAGUUUCGAAAAAGAUAAGAAAAGAGAAAAAGAAAAUAAAGGGUGUCUUUUCCUUCUUUCUUUUUGAUCUUUCUUUCAUCACUAGUACAUAAUAUUUCAAUCCAUCUCCUUCUUCAGUUUCAUCCAUGGAUACUGCUCAGUGGCCACAGGAGAUACUGGUGAAACCAAUAGAAGAGUUAGUCACAAAUACAUGUCCAAAGCCUGCAAGUGCUGCUGCUGCUGCUGCUUUGGAGAGGAAAUCAAGACCUCAAAAAGAACAAGCUUUGAACUGCCCAAGGUGCAAUUCAACAAACACAAAAUUCUGUUAUUAUAAUAACUACAGUCUUACACAGCCUAGAUACUUUUGCAAGACGUGUAGAAGGUAUUGGACUGAAGGUGGUUCUUUAAGAAACAUCCCUGUUGGUGGUGGUUCAAGAAAGAACAAAAGAUCAUCGUCAUCUUCUUCUUCUUCUUUAAGUACUUGUUCAUCUAAUUCUUCAUCUUCAUCUUCCAAGAAACUUCCUGAUCUUGUUACACCGCAAAUAAGUUUAUCUCAAUCUUCUACUCAAAACCCUAAUAAUAAUAGUAAUAAGAUCCCUGAAGGUCACGAUCUAAACCUAGCAUUUCCAUCAACUCAAGGUAUAAGAAGUUUCUCUGAGUUAAUUCAAGUACCUAGCAUUAAUGAAGGCAACAACAAUAAGAAUCCUUCUUCUACAUCAAAUACUACAACAUCAUCUCAACUUUCAGCUUUGGAGCUUUUAACUGGAAUUUCUUCGAGGGGUUUAAAUUCGUUCAUGCCUAUGCCGGUUCAAGAUCCGAAUUCAGUUUACACAUCAGGAUUUCCUCUUCAAGAUUUUAAACCAACCCUGAAUUUCUCGCUAGAUGGGCUUGGGAGUGGAUACGGUAGUCUUCAAGGUGUUCAAGAAACUGGUGGAAGGCUUUUGUUUCCUUUUGAAGAUCUAAAACAAGUUUCAAGCACAAGUACUGACAUUGAGCAAAAUAGGGAGCAAGGUGAUUCAGCUGGAUAUUGGACUGGAAUGUUGGGCGGAGGUGGAGGAUCGUGGUAAUUAAUUAAGAAGAUAAUGUUCAUCAACAAGAAAAUAAUUAAUGUGGAUUGGGUUUUAUUUUUCUUGUUAAUUGGAUUUUUUCUUAAAAGAUUUUAUAUUAAUUUUCUUAAGGUGGGAAGGGUGACAUGUUUGGAUUUCUUCAUUACUAACAAGAUAGCAUACAUGCGUGAUCUCGCUAUAUUUUCUUUGUUGUUUUUAAUUAUCACUCAUCUUUUUGUACUCUCUUUGAAAAGAAAUUGUGGGAAUUUGAAGCUUAUUUUAGUUUGGCUUCAUCUAUGGUGAAAUGGGGUAUAUAUAAGAUCAAUACAAGAAGAAGAAGAAGAAGAAGAAGAAGAAGAAGAAGAAGAAAUAGAAGGAAGAAGGGAUCAAGCUAAGCACAUAACAUACACUUCAUGCUCAUGUCUUCUAUUACUAAAGGAAGAGCUAGCAUGAAAGCUUACCCAUUAUUAUGUCUCAUUGGUUAGCUUGGUACAAGGGAAAAAAAUACUGUAUGAUGUGAAAAAUUUGUGAGGAGUUUGGUGGAUGAAAAGGCUUUGUUCAUUCCAAUUAGUUUCUUACAAUUUCUUAGACAAGUUAUAGAUAUUAAUGUUGAUAUUCUUAAAUGUGAUUGCAAUGAUGGCUUGGAA